UUCCUUGAGCCACAAACACAAAAACGGAAGUCGACGGGACUCUGAAAGUCAAACUGUAGCAUGCUGGGCUUCGUUUUGAACUAACCUGCAUUUAUUAUAAUCAAACAUGUCAAGCAGCGGCUUAUUUAGGAUAGUCACGUUAACUAAAUGCAUCAGAACCAACGCUGCGUUCAUGGGCAGGACAAACACACUGAACAGACAACAGAUAUGUGGAUAUGCUAAGAAAGUUGUGGCCAAAGGGAGGGGCAAGGGCAUGAUGAAAGAGGAGCUGAAGGGUCCAGAGGUGUGCAAAGACCCCGUCAGGCUCACAUCUUAUGCAGUAGGUGUCAACAUCCUCAAGCAAGGCGAAGAUCCUCAGCUGAAGCCUGCUGAGCAAUAUCCAGAAUGGUUGUUCCAGUUGAACCUGGGAACACCCAAGAAGCUGAAUGAGCUCGAUUCGGACACCUGGGAGUACUGGAAGCGUUUGAGGAAGGAAAACAUUUGGCGUCACAACAGACUUCAUAAAGGGAAAAAGUUUUAGGACUUCACUGGACUCUUUUCUUUCUGUAUGUUGGAUUUCUAUGGACUCUGAGGACUUAACUGCCUUACAUGGUUUACGUUCAGAUGCAAAAUUCAGCUUCUAUUUCUAUGAAAUAUCAUAUCAACUUUUUGCCACAUCACCAAUUGUGUUAGUUUUAAUUCUGCAGCAUAUUCAGUGACCCUCUCACACUGUCGAUGUGGUGAAUUCCUGAAAACCAAGUAAACAUUAUAUGCUCAAGACGGGAAGA